AAACUCACUCCUGUGCCCACCAUUCAUUCAUAAAGUCGAUGGUUGAGGCAGAAAGUUGGCAGUUCAUUCAUUACCAACAGCCCCGCAGCACAUUCGUGAUAAGCAGACUUUUUUUUACAUCUGCACCUGCUUCAUCUUGCUUAGUGCUCGAGCAGGUACUCAAGCCUAGUGCAAGUACUCUACACCGGUUAAUUUUGACUAUUUUUGUGUUUGUUUAUAUGUAUGUGAAUUAAGAGACAUGGAUUCGCCUAUUUUGUCUGUGAUUUUAUUUAUUUUCGCCAGCACGAGAUAUGAAACUGUAGCAACGUGCUACUUUUCCAAUGAAUUUGAAGGGGAAUAUGUAAUGCAGAGCACUUUACAGGGAGCACCUCCUCCUGGGAAUGGAAUUCACUAUAGUGCAUUAAACAUAACAGUAAACUCAAUUCCAAUUUGGGGGAACUGCCAUAAACGUAUAGGAAACAAUUUCAUUUUUAUAGACAACGUCAGCGAAACAAGCUGCAUCAGAUGUUUGCACCUAAAGCUUCGGUCGGCGAAUAUCUUGCAAGUAUUCGCUACAAGUCAGGAAACUUUAUCGAAAUGUUUUACGAAUGAAGAAUCUGCUUUGGCGAAUUGUCCAUCGGAAGAAUCCAUUCUGAAGAGGGAAACGGCUGAAAUUUUAUUAUUUAAAACAAAAUUUGGCAAACAACAAGUACACUCGAAACAAUAUUGCCCUAUAGAUGGAAAAUAUUUUGUUAACUACGAAAAUCCCAAUUUGCCGAUUAAAAGUGAAUGCAAAGGAAAUAAUUCCACCGUGGAUUCUUGUCCUUCUGGAUCAACAUUAAAUUUUAGACUACGGGGAUGCACUUUUGAUAGCUAUGAGCUCAUAUUUGAUUGCAUGGGAUCUUGGAAAGGUCUGAACGGCGAAUCCUUUUUGGUUUUUACUGAUCACAGGUAUAAGGAUGGGCAAAAACCAAAGUAUAGAUGUGCUAUGUACAAAGAAGAUAAAAAUACCGGUAAAAUUCAUAUGGCUCUCAGCAAGGACUCCACGUGUUUGACUGAAUUACACAACUCCACCAUCGGCUAUGAAAAAUUCGUGUUGAGUCCUAAGAGAGAGGAACAAUUCCCUGCUGAAGCUUCAGGAGAGUGCACAUUUCCAAAAUGGAUGCAAGGCAAUUGGGAACACUUGAAAGUAAAGGAAGACACGUUGGUUUACAAAGACCACAGUUCUUUCAAGACGUAUACCAUCAAAUGCGUUGAGGGGCAUGAGCAAGAAAACAGAUACUUCAUCUACAGUAGAACACAAUGCAAUGAGGGAAGAUAUAAUUGCAUGAGAAUAGCUAACAGAAGCAUAAACAUAUUGGAGUUCCAAAUAGGCACGAACGCUAGUAGCAGUUACAAUGAUGUUUUCACCCUGUGCUCGGACGAAAAUUUCGAAAGGGAAUCCUGGAUAACUCAGGGAAAACUCGAUACCGAACCUCAGUUAUCUCCUGGUAUGUGUCCAAUUUUGGGGGAGUACACGGGGCAACUUCCAGACAACGAAAAUCUAUGCGGGAAGAUGUGGAGCAACUGUCAAGCCCCAGACCUGAUGUAUUAUCAAGUGUUUAACUGCGGCACCAAGGAAAUCUACGAAGAUAGAGAAUACCGUUGUUUGGGACAUUGGAGGGAAUCUGGAAUGCUUUAUACUUACACGCAAAGAAACGAUGUGGCUGCAGGCACUUACGAAUGUUUUGUGGGCAGCAUCGUAAUGGGUAAGGAGAUACACAUCAAGGAAGCUGGGGAACAUUGUCAAAGAGGCAUAGAUCCGUAUAGAUACGGCAUGAAGCUGGUCAAAGCUGAAUCUUACUCUUGCAAACCCUCAACUCAAAAACCUUCAAUUAGCUAUACAACAACAUCGCCCACUAAGAUUCCUCAUACAACGAAAAAAGUUAUCCAAAAUACGUACUUUGAUAAUUCAAUCCCAGACUCAACACAGGAAAAUGCAAACAGCUCAGGAAAACUUCAAUUUUUCGGUUCUUUGUGUAUAAUUCUCUACGUAUUCCAUUUAUAUCUGUGAUUUUACCAAUAUUAUACAGAGUGCUUCACCCUGUAUAAAUUAACUUCCUCCCAAGACUUGCCGCUGUUUGUAUACAGUGUUUUUAUAACAAAGAAACCUAAUUUUGUAAGUACUUUAGAAUCGAAUCGAAUGAACUGAAUUCUGCGUGCAUUGUUUAAUAUUAUAU